ACACACACACACACACACACACACGAACACAGUUUUUAAAAGCAGAGCGUGUGUGACUUUGAGGAGGACUUAUAGGCGCGGCGUGAAGAAGUCGACAUGAGGAUUUCAAUCUUUGCACUUUUCUUUGUGCUUGGUGUCGUCGCGGCGACCGAAAGUUCUGUGAGCGACGGAUGUGACGGCCAGGGCCACUGCGCCUGCAGAGAAGGAGGACCCUCAGGAUGUUCACCCAGGGGUCGACGACGGGAACGCCGAGAGACUUCGGCACACGCCUUGUGUUUCUGUUAUGGCCACAGCAGCCAAUGUUCCCCUCAGCGGACGUACAGCGUCCACAACAUCUGGUCGGGCUUUGAGCAGGGUCCCGACGGUUGGAAGGCAGCCACCGCUCACGGGGUCACCCCAAAGGACGUGCACUCCCGCUGGUCCCCCAAGUAUGAGGACGUGGAGGUGAUCUCCGCAAACGGUCUGCCCGUCUACCUGCAUGCGCCAGCUUCUUACCUGGGCGACAAGUUGCUGAGUUACGGUCGCAACUUGUCCUUCUCGCUGCGUCUGGACCGCGGGGUCCGGCAUCCGUCCAUUGACGACGUCAUCCUAGAAGGUUCUGGUCUUCGGGUCUCAGCCUCGCUGGGCGACCUGCGAUCUGCCCUUCCCUGCGGGCAGAAGAUCAACUACACUUUCAGAUUGGACGAGCAGCCUAGCAACAAGUGGCACCCUCAGCUCACCCCUUUCCAGUUCCAGACUCUGCUCCAGAACCUGAGCGCCAUCAAGAUACGGGCCACCUUCGGCGACAGAGGCCGCGGAUACCUCGACAACGUCAAACUGGUCUCGGCGAGGCGAGGGGACGGCGUCCCGGCCCACUGGGUACGGACCUGCGACUGUCCGCCGGGCUACGAGGGCGACUUUUGCCAGCGAUGCUCGGCGGGUUUCAAACGCAAACAUCCAGCGGACGGCGCGUUCAGCACCUGCAAGGCCUGCGCCUGCGGGGGGGGCGACUGCGACCCGCAAACGGGCGACUGCUAUCCUGCAGACGACACGCAGACCUGCUCGGACGGCUUCUACUGGGAUUUCUGGAUUCGCCGCUGCAUCCCCUGCCCCUGUGCCGAGGGAAUGUCGUGCUCGCCGCUUCCUGGCUCCACGCAGCCGCAGUGUCACGAAAGCUGUCCGCCCGGAACCACAGGCCUUCGCUGCGACCAGUGUCAAGAAGGUUUUUACGGCUCGCCAGGAGGGGGCGCCGGAGGCUGGCGGCCGUGCCAACCUUGCCAGUGCAACGGCCACAUUGACGUCGGCGUGGCGGGAAGUUGCGAUCGAACCAGCGGCGAAUGUCUCAAGUGUGUCAACAACACAACGGGUCCCCGCUGCGGGGUCUGCUUGCCAAACUUUUAUCGCCGCCUCCUGGCCGAGGCCUGCAGACCAUGCGACUGCGAUCUUCGGGGCUCCGAGUCGGCGCAGUGCGACGUCGACGGUCGCUGUCGCUGCCGAGCAGGUUUCGACGGUCCAAAGUGUCAGGCGGUGGGGCUGCGCGAGUGUCCCACCUGUUUUAACGGACCCAAAGCCAAGAUGGAGGAAUUGGCCUUCAAACUUCGGCUGUUGGAAGAGGCCAACUCUCAGACGGGUGGCGGGCAGGGUACUAGCAACAUUGGCAAUGCAGUGGCUGUGCUAAGUGCGGCCGAGAAGCUGACAGACGACCUGGAGGGAGACGUGAAGCGAAUGGCAGACCUGGAAAAACAGCUGCUGGACAGUCUCAAGUCCAUCAACCGCACUCGCCUGGCCGAGGAACAAGACAUCCAGAACGUGGCCGAUGCCGCUGGUGACAUCCGACAACGCCAGCAGACUUUUGUGACCAAAGCGGAUCAGCUUUGGGAUUUCAUGGACGACAUGAAACGCAAACUGGACGAGGGCAAGACAGUACUUCGCUCAGCUGAGUUUCCGGCGGGAGAUUCUCCUCUGCUACCAAAUACGCUCUCCUCAUUGGCGCAGGCAGCGACAACCUUGGCUGAUAGACAUCAGACCAAGGCGACAGCGGUGGAACGCAGCGCCAACGAGGCUCUCGCCGACUCUGAGAAAAGUCUGGCGCUGGUCCGAGGUCUUCUCGGCAAAGGGAACAAUGUCAAAGACUUGAUCGGAGGAGCGAAAACUGUUUACGACGGGAUGGUGCCACGGGUCAAGACUUUGGAGAACCGGGCCGUCCGCUUGAGCGACGAGGCAGUGGAUGAAAGCAACAGGGCCAACGGCAUGCUGGGAGACAUCAAGAAGAUGGCCGGAGAAAUCCCGCCCGCCCUGACGGGGGACACGAACGCCAUGGCGGCCAAGCUGGACCUCCUGAGGAAGGUAGUGGACGAGAAUGUGGCGGGCUUCACGGCCUUGCGCGAUGACAUCGGGCGGGACACGGUGGCCGCCCAGGACCUGCUGGAGCGAGGCAGGAAUGCCAUGCAGGACAUCGACACGCUGACAGGCCGAGUGGAUGCCGCCCAUGCCGACACCAAGGGGGCGCUGCAGCGCAUCAACAGCAACACCAAUCAACUGGACACCGCCCUCGGUACUCUGAGAGGCUUUGACCAGCAGAUCGCCGACAACCAAGCGCUGGCGGACGCCGCCAUCAAGCGACUUCCUGCCAUCAACGCGACCAUACAGCAGGCUGCCAAGAACAAUGCGAAGACUCAGGUCCUGCUGGAUGCCGUGUCCGCCGACUCCGACGGGGCCAUGGCGUCCAUCAACCAGCUGGAGAAACUGAUCCCCGGCCUGGAGGGAGGGAUCCAGUUGGCACCGCAACUCGUGAGCGACAUCGGCAAAUUUAACGACGACGCCAAGGCACUGCGGGUGCUGGCGGAUGACGUCGGCAUAGACAUCAGGGACGAGCUGGACGAUGCCAGGAACCUGGAAGCGGACGCCGUGCAGGCCGGUGAUGCCGCCGCUGGCGCCCUGAGGAACUCCAAACAGGCCAGAGACGACAUAGGAAAAAUGCUGCGGGACAUCGCCAGUGGGCUGGCCGCCGUCGACCAACCGGGAACGUUGGACCCGCGCCGCCUUCAGGAGCUGGAGGAGUCGGUGGCGGCGGGCCGCCGGGACGUGCAGACGAGACUGGAGCCUCAGCUGAGGGAUGCGGUGGAGCGUGAGGCGGCGCAGCGCCGCCUGUUGGCCGUCUUGGAUGGGGACAUUGACGCCAUCUUGUGGGACAUUGCCAACCUGGAGGAGAUCUUGAAGACCGUGCCCAGUGAAUGCUUCAACAACCCUCCCAUUGAGAAGCCCUGAUACAACCUCACCACACCUGGCCACGCCCGUCACUUUUUCAGACGACGUUCGGUGGUGGAAGCUCCUCCCCUUUUCACAGCCACACACAUACACGCACAUGUGUGCACAUUCUCGUGUGCUCAAGUCUCCAUUUUGUUUGCCCCCAUUUCUCUUGUUGCACAACCAACUAUGGGCUGAUUGGCCGCCGAUAAGCGUUUUCGAGGAUUCGUGCUUAAUUUUGCCUUCUGUUAACCCACCAAAAGUUGGCAAGGCCAUUCAAGAAGACCAGAUGCUCCCGUUUUUGUCUCCUCUGACACCUCUAAUCACAAAAGACCGAGCGAAGGCAUUUGAUGCCACGCGAAUGAUUUCUGGACAGCUCGAAACAUGCUUUGAAUUUGCUGAGGAGUUAAAAAAAUGACUUUUGGAGGUGCGGCCAUUCUGCCGAAAGCCAAGGGACACGCACAGACGCCUGCCACGAGGUUCCUAUUUGUCUAUUUUGAGAAUAACAACGCGCCCAAAGCUCUGCUGCUGAAGUGUGAGCUGAUCGAUUGUCAAGCGGUGAAUACCAUCGGUAUGGAAUGGAAUAAAAGGCUGCAGACCCAAA